AAAAGAUACUAUAUAAUUCAUAAAAAAAUGUUAUACACUUUAACAAGAGACACGAUAUUAAAAGGUAUCGAAGAACAAUCUAAAACAUUGACAAUUAAAUCUGAUUUCCUUCUAAAUAAAAUUAUCAGAAAUUACCAUCAAGAAUAUAAUAAUACAACAAGAACAAUACACGAUAAUUUACUCGAUAAAGCCAUAGAAUUAUGGAAAAAUUGGUAUGAAUGUAAUCCAAAAUUAAGAAAUACACCAGUUUUAUAUAAAUGUUAUGUAUGUAAUACCGGAUGGUGGAGAUUAGAUCCAUUUAGAAACCAUAUCAUCGUACAUAAACAUCCAAAUUUAUUAAUUUCACUCGAAGAAGUUGGUCAAGAAGCGAACAUAAUAGCUAGUAUUGGUUAUCCGAAGAAAACUAAAUUAGUUACAGUGAAUUCUAGUUGUUGGAAAUGUAAUAAACCUUUAAAAAAUCAUGCAUUAACAAAAUUAUCUGCGGAGAAAUUUACAUGUGAAUUAUGUCAAAUGAAGUUAUAUUCAUCUGUCGGGUUAACAUAUAAAAAUGAAAAUAUUAAACUUGUAUGUACUAUAUGUUCUGUAUACUGUUCUAGUGAAGAGAUACUGUACAGACAUAUGGUUUUAUAUCAUACACCGAAAUCAGAUGAACCAGCGGUAACAAAUACAAAAAUAUGCAAUCUAUGCGAAGAGAAAUUCUAUGUUGCGUCAUACCAUGAUUGUCCGAAGAGAUCUAAAUUAUAUAAAUGUUAUUAUUGUUGGAAUAAAUAUACAUCAAAGACGUUCCUAAAUUUACAUAUGUCAAUGAAUAAAGGUUAUAGUACAUGUCCUGAUUGUUCGAAGAAAUUUAAACAAUGCUAUUUGAUUGAACAUUUAUUACACCAUUCUAGGAAUUAUGAAAUAGUACAAUAUUGUUUAAAAUGUAAAAAUAAUGUACUUUAUACGAAUAAUGACUCUUUUCAUAACCAUAUGAUAAAUCAUGGUAAUUCAGCACAAAGACGACGUUACACAAUUAAGAUGAUGUUACCUUUGAAGUGUGUAAAGGGUGUGAUAGUUGAGAGUGGAAUACCUCUACAAAUAAAUAAAAAACUUCUAUACAAAUAUCUCGCUGAUAUAGAUUAUAUGAAUUACACACCACUUGAAAUAAUUUCUAAAGUUAAAGGAAAUAAUACAAUAAUUAAUAAUUCUGAACGAAAUGAUAUAACUGAAACAUCAACAGAAAAUACAUUAAAACAAAUAUCAAAUGUAGAGAAUAAACAAAGUGAGAACCAUGAGGAAAAUGAUGUAACCAAAGAAAUAACAGAAAAUACUAUCAAAGAAAUAUCAACUGUAGCUAAUACAGAGAUGGAUGACGAUAUCGAGUCGGAUUAUGAAUCUGACAAUUACGCAUUUCAAAUACAAUUAGAUGCAGAAAUACAAAGAGAUAUAGAAAUAGAAGAACAGAUAUCAAAAGUAUUUAAAGCAUCAAAAUGUUAUAAGAAAUUUCUUGAUAAAGAAGCCAAUGAUCCAAUAGAAGAUAUAUAUAAUGAUGAUGUUUGUAUUAUUGUUAAAAACGAAGAUGUUUUAGUUAUAUCAGAUUCAGACGAAGACAGAGAAAAUUCCAAACUAGAAAAUACUUGUGAUGAAACAAAUUCUGUAAUGAAUAUUGAUAUAAAAAAAGAUAUAAACAAUUCAGAUAUUGAAAUAGAAUAUGAUGAAAGAUUUAAUUCUAAUGAUAACGAAAUCAGAUCAUAUUUUGAUGAUGUUACAGUUAAAAUUGAACCAUUUAAAAAUAAAUCUGUGAAAGAUUUUUUGAAUGAAGUUGAAAAAUUAGAUUUCAAAGAUGUAAAAACUGAAUCUUGUAUUGAUGAAAAUGAAGGGAUCGACAUCCAAAAUGUUGAAUGCGAAAUUGAAAUAUCCGAUUGGAGGAUAAAUGAAAUAGCUGGUUGUAGUAAAAAGAGAAAAGAUAAAAACACCAGACAUAAUAAUUUCAGUGUGUUACGUUACCUUAUUAAUCAUAUAUCAUUUCAUAUAAAUGAAAUGUAUGAUAUUGUUCCGAAUGAAACGGAUCAAUAUGUUCAAUAUAAGACUUAUAUAUGUCUAUUAUGUGAAGAAUUAGUUGAAAUUGAUGAUUUCUUCAUACAUUGGGAAUCCCAUUUGGAUUUAAAUGAAGGUGGUGUGAUGGAAAUGUCCGAUAGCGAGGCAGAUAUGAAGAGUGUGAUGACACCUGAAAUGGUGGAAAAAGCUAUAAAAAUCUUAUUGGAGACAUCAAGACAAAAUAAGAACAAAGUAUGUAUUGUUUGCUUCAAAAACCAUGUUAGAAGAAAUGAUAGUAAGAGACAUUUGAUAGAACAUCUCCUGCAUGAAGCAAAAGUUAACAUGACUGCCACUAAUUCAAAGCUACGUUGCCCGAUGUGCAACCUGGACAUCCAGGAGUUAACAUCCUGGAGACAACACAUGCGAGAGCAUGCUCAACUCAGAAUGUACCGGUGUAGUUUGUGCCCUAAAUAUUUUAGUGAUUCAAGUAAUUAUAGUAAACAUAGAAAAGUGCAUAACCAACAUAAAUAUAUAUGUGAUUUGUGCGGUGGAAAGUUUUGUGCUAAAUCAAGUAUUAUAAAACAUCUUGCGGUUCAUAAACCGAUGAAUCCUAUAAAUUGCACUCAAUGUCAUAAAACAUUGUAUUCAGAGCAUGCACUAAAAAGACAUAUGCGUGUACGACAUUCAGUUAGUCAGUUCGCUUGUACUGUUUGUAAAAGGAAGUUUGUUACGUGCAAACAAAGAUGGGACCAUAUGUGGAAUAAGCACAAACUUAGGAAGUACGUAGCUGAUUGUCCAAUUUGUAAUAAGCAAUACAGAAGAAUUAUCGAUGUUAAAAACCAUAUGAGAUUGGAGCAUGGAAUAAAAAAACCUGAUGAUUUUUAUAAAAAAAACCUCGAAGGAUGUACAGCGAAAGAGAAAGCCAGAAAAAAACCGAAGUAACGGAACAGCAUGUGGCAUCUAGAAAUAAAU